AUGAUUGUUGAACAAGAAUCCUACAAGCUCAAAGAGAAAGAAAAGGAAGAAACUAAGACUCGGUCUCUUGCCCGCUAUGCUUUUGUAUCGGCUGAGCGUAGUCUCGCUAGCUCAGCAUCGGGUGAUAUACUUUCAACCCUGGUUGUUGCCGAUAGAGCAAUCAAUUUUGCCAACCACGAUAAGGAAUGGCUUGAUGAGUUUUUGGAGUGGUGGGAAUACCAAGUUGCAAAUCGCUGGAUAUGUCCCUUAAAGUUUUGCGGCAGGAAAGAGAUCGAGUCUGUCAUCAAAUCAAUAAAGUUUACUCCAGUCGCCGAACAGUCAAACACCGCAUACGAGAUUGGACUGGAGCGGAACAAGAGUUUUAUCAAUUGCAUGAAUGAGAACAAAGAUUGCAACUGA